GAGAAGCUGAUGUCAUCUGAAGCCCUUGGGUGAUAGUCGCACUAUAUCGCGAAUCAGUAGAAGUUGGAAACUGUGAAUCACUGAACUCUGCCCUACUGGUAAACACGUUCACCAUAAAACCUGAAGGUCCCGAGUUAGAUCCCUGAUGGAGGUCGUAGGUGCGUACUGCUGAGGAGUCCUAUACUAGAAUGGAGCAGCCAUCAGGUGCUCCCAGGUUUUGUUCACAACUAAUGACAGUUCAUGAUAAGUACAACCUCAAGGUUAUGUUUAUGAUUACUGAAUGAAUGAAGAUUCUACAAUAUUUGAGAUUCGAUCAUUUAGAUUGCUGCAGUAAUUGCUCCCCAAGAAUGAAUUGCAUGAAUGAAGCUUUCAGUACGGUUGAAAUCACUAGGCGCUUAGUUGUCAAAUGGUAUAUGACUGAACCUAACAUUCUAUUUGCGAUUAGAUGUCACUUUUCGAAUGUUGGUUGGUGGCGAUGGGUAGGAAGCUGUGUUCGUUGGCAUUCGUCAACAAGGUAUUUUCGAAUUUAUUCAACAGGAGAGAAUGUGAGAAUAAUUGAUGUUGAUAUAGCUAUCAAGAGGGAGAUAAUGUUUGGAUGUACCUGAGCUAGUGAGAUCAUUCGCAGCCAUCACCUGCAGUCUCCAACCGUCGGUUUCAGGUCCCCCACAAACUCCCCCUGGGAUGUCCACAAUCUAAGGCUUCAUGAA